UCAUUUUAACCCUUUCGCUACAUUUUAGAAAAAGAUGGCGGGCAUGCAGCCACCACCUCAUUUUCCUUAUUAUCCAGCUGCCGGUCCGUCUAUAGGAGUUGGACAGUAUCGCUCUCAUUAUCCUACAUCAGCUCCACCAAUGCAGAGUAUGACAUCACAUUGGAAUCUUCCUCCACCUGCUGCACAGCAGUCUCACAUGCCCCAUCAUCACUCAAGCAUGGGAGGAGGUGGAGGCAAUAAAAAUAAAGCCAUGCCUGGGGGCCCUAUGGGUGCUUUAAAACCACCUAAAGCCCCUGAGAAGCCGCUCCUUCCUUACAUGAGGUACUCCCGUAAGAUGUGGGAGCAUUUUAAGAAAAGUGAAGGGACUGAUCUGAAGGUUUGGGAGGUCGGGAAAAUAAUAGGACAGAAAUGGAGGGAGCUCUCUGAUGAAGACAAACAACCUUAUUUUGAUGAGUAUGAGGCAGAAAAAGUUGUAUACGAUGAAAACAUGAAAGCAUAUAAGUGUUCAUUUGCUUAUAAACAAUACCUUGAGGCCAAGAAAAUAGCUGAAAGACACGCUAAUUCUAACUCACCUGGGCCACAUGGUUACAUGCCUGAUUUAGCUCCACCCCCUCCUCAAGUUAUAGCCCCACCCAGACACCCCUCAGGUAGCGACCCACGUCUUGUAAUGUUACAGCAACAAGAGGAGGACGAUGAAGAUGAGUACAUUACUACUAAGCAGUUGGCUUCUUCAAGAUAUCAUCGUAAUCAUCGCCUGAUGCGAGAGAUAUUCAGUGAUUCAGUUCUCCCUGAUAUAAAGUCAUCCGUAACAAUGUCGCGUAUUGAUUCAUUGAAGCAUCAGUCAGCAUCACUCUCUGCUCAUCAGAAGAAACUUGAAGAUGAAGUGAAUCAAUUGGAGGCUAGAUAUUCUGAGAAAAGGAAUCAGUUUCUUGAUGAUGCAGAGAAAUUUAGGAAAGAACUAAAAAGAAUUCAAGAUAAUCCUCCUUCAAGCUGGAAGAAAACUCCCGUUCAACUGUCCUCUAAGGAUAUCCCUGAGCCAAUUCCAUCGGCUAAUUAUCAUAAAAUGUGAUGGACUCAUACUUACUCAAAACUCACUCAAAAUUCAUUAAUUUUCAUCGCAUGGUAGUUUUAAUUAAUAAAAAGUAAAAGUGAACAAA